CUCUAUUUCCUUUCUCUCUAAAACUUUGUGACUCGGAACUAAUUAUCCUUAUUUAACCUCUAGCAUAAUGGACUCAUCAUCAGAGCAACGGCGCAAGAAGAAACACAUGCUGACGCCAAGACCACUUUUCCUUUACCUCUCUUUCUUCAUCAUCCUCCUCUUCUUCUCCUCCAAUCACAACUCUUUUACCUCUCACCCCUCUCUUCAAUCCUCCACUUUUCCCACCCUUUAUUCCUCAGCUCCCCGCUCCACUCUCUAUCCUCCCUCCCCCACCACCACAUCAAUUUCCCUCCUCGACCAUGUUAUCUUCCCCGAUCACGUGCUUCUCACGCUCUCCAACCCACACCUUGUUCUCCCCCAUCAUCAACUCCACUGCCUCUACUACAACCUCUUCAAUGGUUCCGGUUCGGUGAAUCCGGAUUUUAAUGAAAGCGUUCACCCGGUUCUGUCCACGGACCGGUACGAUGAGUUUCGGUCAAUUGCGAGGUGCCCACUUCCCGAAGCGAAUUUCUCCAUCGUCGGAUUGCGCUGGCGUGGAGAGGCUGAUCACCGGGAUAUUCGGUUUCCAGUUAAAGACACGACGCAUAAUUGGGAUAAGUUAGCGUACGAGGCCAUCCUAGACGGUGACACCGCGGUUGUUUUCGUUAAAGGAUUAAACCUUCGGCCCCACGUAGUAUCCGACGCAACCCGAUUCCGAUGUCAUUUCGGGCCCCGAAACGGUGCGUAUUGGCUAACCACGAGAGCCGUUUCGGUUGCUCAGGAAGUAGUGAGGUGCUCGUUGCCGCAGAGCAUUCAAACGAACCCGGACAAGGCACGCGGAAUAAGCGUAACCGUGAGCCACGUGAGCGGUCACGUGAGGGAGAAGCUCAUACCUUCGGUGGCUAGAAUUGGAAGCGACAGAAAAACAAACAGAGGGAACAAGUUUGAACUGUGCGCGUGCACCAUGGUGUGGAAUCAGGCACGUGCGAUACGAGAGUGGGUUAUGUACCACGCGUGGCUGGGAGUGGAGCGGUGGUUCAUCUACGAUAACAACAGCGAGGAUGAAAUCGAUGACGUGGUUGGAGAGCUUGAGCUUAAAGGUUACAGUAUUAACAGAGUGGUGUGGCCUUGGAUUAAAAGCCAAGAAGCAGGGUUUUCCCAUUGUGGAUUGAGAGCCCGAGAGGAAUGCAAGUGGGUGGGGUUUUUCGAUGUUGAUGAGUUUUUCUACUUCCCCAAUGGGCACCAAAAUUCUCUGAGGACAAUUGUUUCCAAUAUAUCAUCGUCUAACUCAAUUGCCGAGAUAAGGACAGGGUGUCAUAAUUUUGGGCCUUCUGGAUUGAGCACUCACCCCAAACAAGGAGUGACCGUAGGGUAUACCUGCAGGCUGAGGACCCCUGAGAGGCACAAGUCAAUUGUGCGACCUGAUUUGCUUCACGAGAGUCUUCUUAAUGUGGUGCAUCAUUUUCUGCUGAGGGAGGGGUAUAGACACCGUAACAUGCCUCAAACCAUUGCUGUCAUAAACCAUUACAAGUACCAAGUGUGGGAAACUUUCAAGGCCAAGUUCUUCAGAAGGGUUGCUACCUAUGUUGUGGACUGGCAAGAGGAACAGAACAUAGGAUCGAAAGACAGAGUGCCAGGGCUGGGAACGCAAGCCAUUGAACCACCUGAUUGGCGCUUGCAGUUUUGUGAGGUUUGGGAUACUGGCCUUAAGGAUUUCCUUCUCUCUAAUUUCACUCAUCCUUCCACAGGGUUGUUGCCAUGGGAAAGUUCUGCUCAAUCGUGACCAAACCAAGAACAGAGUCUAACUAUACCUUUUUAUUUUUCUACAGUUUUUCUAAAUUGAACAAGACACGUGGUAUAUAUACACAUGAUUAAUUUGGUAUAUAGGGUGCUGGUCACCUGGUAUCUUUGUUACCCGUGUAAAGCACACUCAUAUAGGUCAUUCUUUUCGACUCUGUAACACGAGUUUUUUUUUUUCUCUAUUAUUAUUAUUUAAUUUAUGGAUGAUCGGGAGGAGCUU